CGGAAGCGCCGAGUCUCGUGUGGCGUCCGCGCAGGUAGAGCGCGCUGGGGGUGCCGGUGGAGACGAUUUUCCAGCCUUUGCUCCGCCAGCAGAGCUCUAAAAGGUCACCAGCGAGCUGCGUGUGUGAGAAAUACAGGAAGUUCUGUGCACCACAGGAUCUCUUCCACUUCCACAGCCUAUUGUCACCUCUCAGCUUCCUUAUGGCAAAGUCGAGGAGCUCACUUGGUCAUGGCUGUUCCCGUGUACCACCGUGAUGUCGAGGUGGACAUCCUGGAGUGACCUGCUCUGCGUUCCCUGCAGAUGUGGGCUUCUGGGCAAUGGCGAUGACCAACCUCCUGCCUUCAGCAGGGGACGGAAACUGCUAUUACAUCCUCACAGAAGAUUGUCCGUAUGGCAGCAAGUACUUCCAAGCUGGGAACAUGUGCUAUUGCAGCGAGAGGAGUUACCUACGCAACUUCUCCGAUGACAGGCACCCGGCUUGCUUCUUGAAGGUUAUCAUGCUGGAUGAUGGCUCCACUGUCACAAUCAACGUUGAGAUCCUUCAGCCUGUGCGUGAGGAGAUGGCUGUCUUCCUCCUGGCCGUCAGCAGCCUCAAUGAACGGUUGAACUACUUCUUGGAGAGGUUGGGGCUCGAAGCAGCUCUACGGGCCGUGCCAGGGCAAAAAGUGAUGGUGGAGGUUGACCGGCAACAUUUCCCUGGUGUUGUCCGCUACAUUGGGAGCAUUUACAAAAACACUUCAGCUGUGCUGGCUCCAUUCUUCUUCGGGGUGGAGUUACAGGGUGAGGGUGAAAACAGAGGGCGCAGCGAUGGAUCUUACCAUGGCACCGAGUAUUUCAAGUGUAAGCGCAACUGUGGGAUCUUCCUACCCUUCAGCAAAGUCCAGUUUGCUCCCAUGCCAGACGACGACUAUGCUAAACAGAAGCCAAAAGUGGACAUGGAGGAAGGGGUUCCUGUGAAAGUGGGCGAUGCAGUCAGCUUCUACGUGGAUGAGGUCCUCACAAGAGGAAUAGCAAUGGCAGUUUACAAGGAGGGAACCCAGUGGUUCGUUAAAGUUUGUCCGGAAGAAGAAGGCACAACGGACAUUUUCAGAGAAAUCCCUAUGGAUUCUGUUGUGAAGGAAAAUUUGCAAAGUUUAUAUUCACCGUUUGUGUCUGACGUUGGCUUAGGACAUUCAAACCAAAUGAAACAAGAGAUCAGAGAGAGCAGUGAGGACUGUGAAACUGAGAAUUCAUCCCUGGAAGUGAACUCCAUGGUCCAGAUCACCUUGGACAAGGGAAAUCAGGUUUCAGGAAUCAUCCGCUGGUUGGGCUACCUUCCCCAAAUUAAGCACAAAAUGGCAGGAGUUGAACUGGAUGAAGACAAGGGCGUCAGCGCUGGUGAAUGGUUGGGUAAAUACUACUUCCACUGCGCUCCCAAGCGUGGCCUCUUUGUGAAGCUGCAGUCCUGCCAACCUGACAUUCGCUUCCAGUGUUCGCGCCCUGGUGAACUGGGCCUUGUGGAUUAUGGAGAGCAGGAAGUUCUUCCACAAGCUCCAGAGAGUUUUCCACCCCUCAGGAAUGAGGCAGCGGUGCGUGUCCUGCGAGGGCGGAUGAAGGGGAUCCAAGGCCACUGUAAUUCCUGCUAUAUGGACGCAGCGCUUUUCAGCCUCUUCUCCUGUACAUCCGUGCUGGACUCCAUGCUUUUCAAGCCCUUCCCACUAUGUGACAGGAAUGUCCAGAGCAUUCUUCGGGAUGAGAUUGUUAAUCCUCUCCGAAAGGAUGGUUUCGUCAAUGCUAGGAGCGUGAUGCACCUUAGGGAGCAGCUAACGGAGAAGGGCCGGUGUUCGAGCUUUACCAACGCUGAGAAAGAUCCUGAGGAGUUCCUCAAUCUCAUAAUGCAGUACAUUCUGGGAAUAGAGCCACUCCUGAAGCUCCAGUCAGGAGGCCGGAAGGAGCAGGACUGUUACUGCUACCAGAUAUUUAUGGACAAACAGGAGGACCUGGUGGUUCCAGACGUGCAGCAGUUAGUGGAACACUCCUUCCUGUCCUCCAACCUGAAGCUAGUGGAGAUCCCAUCUUGCUUCAUUAUCCAAAUGCCACGUUUUGGGAAGGACUAUAAGAUGUUCAGCAAAAUCAUUCCUUCCUUGGAGCUGGAUAUAACGGAUCUUCUGCUCAAUAGUCCCAGGGAGUGCUGCCUGUGUGGUGACGUUGCCACCCUGGAGUGUUCCGAGUGCUUCAAAGACAAAGUAUUUGCGGCUACAGGCCUGAAGCAGUUCUGCAGCUCCUGCUCCAGACAGGUUCACUCCCACUACCGACGAAAAACUCACAAACCAACUAGGCUGCACAUUCCAGAAGAAUUCCACAGCCGGAGUUCCCGGGGCAGCCAACAGGUCCCUCGCGAGACGAUGGAGCUCUUUGCAGUGCUCUGCAUCGAGACCAGCCAUUACGUCUCCUUCGUGAAAUAUGGCCCCGAGAACGAACACUGGAUGUUCUUUGACAGCAUGGCUGACAGGCAUGGUGACCAAAACGGCUUCAACAUUCCCACGGUGACGCUGUGCCCUGAAGUUGCCAAAUAUCUGGACUUGCCACUGGCCGUGCUGGCCCUGGAGCAACCUCGGGACAUGGAUGGAGUGGCCAAGCGCCUCUUCUGCGAUGCCUACAUGUACAUGUACCAGAGCAAGAAGAUGGCACUUUACAAGUGACCCAACCUUGGGCUGGUACCAGAGAGCAGUGAAGCAUUGGGAAUGUGGGCUUGGAUCAACCCUUCAGCUCGGAGGCGUUGAGAGCAGCAGAGUUUGGGUAAACUGAGCUUGCACUUCUGCCUCUUCUUACCUCUUCUAGCAUCUGGUGUCAGGCUGUCCAUGUCAACCAGUCUGGGUUUGUUAAAGCUUGUGGAUGUAUCAAGUGAUGGUUUGUGCUUCCAGAGGAGCUGAACUCUGAACUGUUUACACUCAAAUUCAUUCACGUUUCCUACCUUCCCUUUCCAGCCUCCUCCUUCCUCCCCAGUUGUUCUGUCCUACCUCAAAGUCAUCUCAAUGUCCUUUUCUCCCUGCCGGCCUUCCCUCCAAAACUGAGGACCAGCAUCUAAUGAAAUGGUUUGCAAAGAGCACAAGAAAACCACGGUGGCGUCCUGAGGACGUUGUCUCCUGGACCUGUGGAACCACGAAGUGGUUCUUAAACAUUAGGAAGAUGCUCUUCAUGAUGAGGAUACUGAGAUGAGUCUCGUGAUGAGAGACACUGGAACAGGUUUCCCUGGGCGGUCAUGGUUGCCCCAUCCCUGGAAGUGUUCAAGACCAGAUUGGAUGAGGCUUUGAGCAACCUGAUUCAGUGGAAAGUGUCCCUGGCCAGGAACUGGAUGGGGUCUAAGGUCCCUUCCAACCCAAACCAUUCUGUGAUUCUAUGAGGUGUGAGCUGCUCUAGUGUGGUUGAGAUGGGUCAGGAUGAUGGUGUUUCUUAAGAUCUGAGACCUCACACCUACAACUGCAUCAUUGAAUUUUCUGCACUUCCCUUACCAUAAAAUCACAGAAUGGGCAAGGACAUCUGCCACUGGAUCAGUUUGGUCCAAGCCUCAUCUGACCUGGCCUUCAACAUCUCCAGGAAUGGGGCAACUACAACUUUUCUGGGCAACUUAGGCCAGGGUCUGUCCCUUCCAACCCAACCCAUUCCAUGAUUCAGCCACAGGAUAUGUGGUGUUUAGGAUCUUCUUUUGGCCACCAGCAGGGACUGUGUUGCCAGUGGGGACCUCAGUGACUCCUUUGGCUUUCUGGUCUGUCUCUUAUUUCUGUGGUGGCUACAAAGGAUGGCUGGUGUGUAACGAACUUGGCUUAUUAACACAUAGUUAAUUCAGCUUCCAAAUGUCCUUGCUGAGCAUUUGGGCCUCAACACAAAGUUGACCAUGAAGCAGCAAUGUGUCCUCAUGGAAACAGAUCCUGGGCUGCAUUCCAAGCAUUUCCAGCAGGUCAGGUGUGGGGAUCCUUCCCCUCUGCUCAGCACUUGGAGUACUGGAUCCAGUUUUGAGGUCUCCAGUACAAGAGAGAUGAAGAGAGUCUAACGUUGGGCCAUGGAGAUGAUGAAGGGGCUGGAGCAUCUCAUCCAUGAGGAAAGGCUGAGGUAGCUGGGACUCUUAGAUUGGAGAAGAAAAGGCUUAAGGGAGUCUCAAUGUCUACAAACACCUGAAGGGAAAGUGCAAAGACAACAGCCAGGAUCUUCUCUGUGGUACACAGGGACAGGACCAGAGGCCGUAGGCACAAAGCAGAACAUGGGAGGUUCCCUUCGGACGUGGGGAAACACCUUGUCACUAUGAGUGUGACAAACCUUGGUACAGGCUGGAGUCUCCAUCCUCAGAGGUGUUCAAAAUGGUCCUGGGCAAAGCCAAAGAACCAGCAGCUGAGGGAGAGGAGAAAGAGUGGCAGAUCCACCAAGGGAUCAUCUUGAGGGCGGGUUUAUCCUGCUCCUGAUGUCAUGUGACCACAGAGAGGGCUGAGAGGCUGGAGGAUGGUGCCACCUGGUACGGUUGGGUUUGAUCUCAAAAGAUUUUUCUCGAUGUAUGAUCUUGCUGUCUUUCCUCAUCUAUUUAAGCUACCCUUCAUCCCUGCUUUCCUAAGAACUUGUGACAAUCUGUGCUCAGGUACUGGGGGGUUGGGCUUUUGUGUCUGCUCAAAAAAUAUAAUUU